CUUGAACGGUUCUUUUGCAUAGAUUUAAGCUUAUUUAAUAUAAAAAUAAAAAGACACAUUUCAUAGCUUAAACUUGCCGGCCAGAUUAUAUUCAUUUCUACAAUUAUAUAACACCAUUUCCUCUAAUCAUUUCAUUCAUCCCUUCAUUUACAUAUUUCUUGAAAUUACUUACAUUAUUACAAUGAUAAAUGAUUUUCAAGGCUUCAUCUUUAUCCUCGUUAUCUUCCUCAUCUCCUUAAUCUCUCUUUGGACCUUCUUCAGACCAAGAGCCACCGGAGUUCUACCCGGACCACUUGCCCUACCGAUCAUCGGUCACCUCCACCUCCUUGCGCCGCUACCUCACCAAGCCCUACACAAGCUCUCCACCAAAUAUGGUCCCAUAAUGCAACUCUUCCUUGGCUCUGUCCCAUGUAUUGUUGCUUCUUCAUCAGAAGCAGCUAAAGACUUCCUUAAAACAUACGAAUCCUCGUUUUCCAACCGCCCCGAAAGCUUCGCGGUCGAUUACUUAACUUACGGUUCUCAAGAUUUCUCUUUUGCACCUUACGGUCCCUAUUGGAAGUUCAUAAAGAAGCUCUGCAUGUCAGAGCUUCUCGGAGGUAGGACUCUUGACCUACUCGCACCUGUAAGGCGCGAGGAGCUAAGGACUUUUUUAGACCGCGUUACGAAGAACGCGAGGUCUGGAAAGGCGAUUGAUUUGGGUGGGGAGCUAGUAAGAUUGACUAAUAAUGUGAUAUCGAGAAUGGUGAUGAGCGAAAGAUGCUCGGAGAAAGAAGAUGAAGCGGGGGAAGUGAGGAAACUUGUUCAGGAGAUGGCUGAACUUACGGGGAAGUUUAACUUGUCGGAUUUUAUAUGGUUCUUGAAGAAGGUGGAUUUGCAGGGUUUUGGGAAGAGAUUGAAGGAUGUUAGACAUAGAUUUGAUGGGAUGAUGGAGAGGAUUAUAAGGGAACAUGAAGAAGCAAGAGGAUUAAGGAAGAAUGAUCAUGAUCAGGCAAAGGAUUUGCUUGACAUUAUGUUGGAUAUUUCUGAAGAUGAGAAAUCGGAGAUGAAGUUAUCUAGGGAAAAUAUUAAAGCUUUUGUCCUCGACAUUUUUGCGGCGGGCACAGAAACUUCGGCGAUCACAACUGAAUGGGCGAUGGCCGAAUUAAUCAAUCAUCCCGAUAUCAUGAAAAGGGCUCAAGAAGAAAUAGAUUUGGUAGUAGGUAAAGAUAGGCUAGUGGAAGAAUCAGAUAUCCAUAGCCUACACUAUCUCCGAGCCAUUGUCAAGGAAACCCUAAGGCUCCACCCCACAGGACCACUUAUUGUUCGUGAGUCCAAUGAGAGUUGUCAGGUCCACGAUUAUCACAUCCCCACAAAGACGAGACUCUUUGUCAAUGUUUGGGCCAUUGGGAGGGACCCCCGACAUUGGGUCAACCCGCUUGAGUUCAAGCCGGAGAGGUUCUUGGGUGAGGAGGGAAAGAAACAAAUAGACGUGAGAGGGCAACAUUUUGAGUUGCUCCCGUUUGGAAGCGGUCGGAGAGGGUGCCCCGGAACAUCGUUGGCUCUUCAAGUUGUCCAAACGAGCCUUGCCGCGAUGAUUCAAUGCUUUGAAUGGGAGGUUGAUGGAGGAAAAGGGAGUGUCAAUAUGGAAGAGGGUGUAGGCUUGACUCUUCCCAUGGCUCAUCCUUUGGUUUGUGUUCCAAUACAAAGGCUUCUUCUUUAGUUUCAUACCAAAUGUUUGUUGGUUUCAUGCAAAACU